AUGCGGUCCCUAUUCAAGGCGCCGCUGCUGUUGCUCGCAGCGGCCGCCACUCUCCUGUCGCCCGUACAGGCCGAGAACAAGCUGCAGUCCCUCGCCCUCAGUACCUGUCAGGACAACUCGGGCUUCUCUGCCUCCCUCUUCCAAGUCACCUUUACGCCAAACAACAAUACCGCCUUCGUCAAGAUUGUCGCCACCUCGACCAUCCACGGCUAUGUCAAGUUUGACCUGACCGUCACCGCCUACGGCUAUCAGAUCAUCCACCAGACCGUCGAUCCCUGCACCACCACGCUCCAGGGCCUCUGUCCCAUGACUGCCGGCAAGAUUCCUCUCGACUUCAACCUGAACUUGGGCGAGGGUGCCGCCUCGAAGAUUCCCGGAAUCGCCUAUGCCAUCCCUGACCUGGACGCCAAGGUUCGUGUGCUUAUCAACGGCACCGAUGGUUCCGGCGCCGUCGCCUGCGUCGAGGCCGACAUCUCCAACGGAAAGACUGUCGACUUGGCUGGAGUCAAGUGGGCUACUGCCAUUAUUGCUGGCUUGGCCCUUAUCUCCUCUGCCAUUGUCAACGGCCUCGGCCAAUACAACACCGCCGCCCAUGUCGCCGCCAAUUCCCUCUCGCUCUUUGGUUACUUCCAAUCGCAGGCCAUUGCUGGCCUCACCAGCGUCAAGAUGCCUCCCAUCGUCAUGGCCUGGACCCAGAACUUCCAGUGGUCCCUCGGUAUCAUCCGCGUCGGCUUCCUCCAGGACCUCACCACUUGGUAUCAGCGCGCCACCGGCGGCACGCCGUCCACCAUUUUUGACAACUUGCUCACCCGCUCCGUCCAAGUCCAAAAGAGAGGCCUUGACGUGGCCGAGGCCGCCGUAAACACUAGCGUCGACUUGUUCAACCGCGCUGUCGCCAUGGCCCCCAAGGUUGUUCACUCCAUGGCUAAGCGUGCCAACAUUGAGACGAGCCAGGGCACCUACAUCGUUUACGGCAUCCAGCGUGUGGCUUUCCGCGCCAAAAUUGAGACGACGAACCUCUUCAUGACUGGUCUCAUCUUCUUUGUCCUUUUUGCUCUCUUCACCGUCCUGGGUGUAGCCGCUUUCAAGGGCAUUUGCGAGGUGCUCGCCAAGAACCAAGUCAUGAAGAACGACCGCUUUCUGGACUUCCGCAACGGCUGGCUUACUGUUCUCAAGGGCAUUCUCUACCGUGUUGCUCUCCUCGGCUUCCCCGGUGUCACUCUGCUCUGCCUCUGGGAGUUUACUCAGGUUGAUUCGCCCGCCGAGGUUGUUUUGGCUGUCGUUUUCCUCUUUGGUCUUAUUGUUACGCUCGGCUGGGGCGCCAGCAAGGUCAUUCGCAUUGCUCGUCGCUCCGUCGCCAUGCACCAGAACCCGGCCUACAUUCUCUUCUCAGAUCCGCAGGCUCUCAACCGCUGGGGCUUCCUGUAUAUGCAGUUCCGUGCUUCUGCUUACUACUUUAUCGCCCCUGUCCUAGCAUACGCACUCGUCAAAUCUAUGGUGAUUGCCUUUGGCCAGAAGAGUUCCGUCGCACAGGCCAUCUGCCUCAUCAUCGUUGAAGUCGCCGCACUUAUUGCUGCCUCCGUUAUGAGACCGUGGAUGGAUAAGCCCACAAACUCGUUCAACAUUGCCAUCUGUGUUAUCAACUUCCUCAACGCCAUCUUCCUACUCAUCUUCUCCAACGUUUUUGGCGCCCCUCCGUUGAUGGUCGGUGUCGUCGGUGUGGUUCUCUUCGUUCUUAACGCUGCUUUCUCUCUCAUCUUGCUCAUCAUGGUUAUUGCAUCCACUACCGUCAGCUUCUUCCGCAAAAACCCCGAUGCUCGCUAUCAGUACAUGGCCGACGACCGGGCGUCCUUUAUGAAAUCUCAGACCCAGCUUAACGCCACUACCGAACUCGAUGCUCUCGGCGUCACCGCUCGCGGUGACAAGAUGGGGGGCUACAAGGCCCCGCUCGAUCUUGAUGAUGACCACGAUUCUCUUCUCGACGCUGGCCGCAAGGAUCCCUUUUCCUCUGGCAACCAGUCUCAGGCCUCGUUCCACCAGGGCGGCCAGGGUCCCAGAUCGCCCGUCAACCCUUCGAUGCCUCUGUUCCCUGGUGCCCGAUCCGAGAGCCCGUACCGCUCACAGUCGCCCGGCCCAGGCCAGGCCAACCCGUUCGGCAACCAGUCCCUCGCGCCGGCGCCGCAAAGGGGCCCGAUUCCCAAUCGUGGGCCUUCUCCCCAGCACGGCCGAGCCCCGUCGCCGCAGAUGAGCCGCGGACCGUCUCCGCAAAUGCAAAGUCGCGGGCCGCCUCCACAGCAGCGUCCUCCACCGCCUGGUCAGGGCAAUUAUAGACAGCAAAACUCAUCCAGUCCCUGGCAGCGCGGAGCUGGAUACGACCACUAA